AUUAGGAGACAAUUCGCCACAGUUUGCAACAUCAGACUUAUGGUUUGAAAGCUUUUCAAAUCAUUCAGUUAAAAAUGUCUUCGCUGAUUGAUUCCGAGGCUAUUCGUGGCGCUUACGAAGACGUACGAAACGAUAAAACAUCAACUGUGUGGGCUGUCUUCAAAUAUGACGAUAAGCGUAUAGUGUACACUGGAGAUUGUGGCGAUAAAUACGAGGACUUUCUUAAUUUUUGCGAAGAUGACGCUCGCAUAUACGCGUACGUUCGAGUUGAAACUGGUGACGAAAUGAGCAGGCGAGCAAAAUUUGCUUUCAUAACAUGGAUUGGACCCAGUGUUUCUGCGCUGAAAAAGGCAAAAGUUAGCACAGAUAAAGGCUUCAUCAAGGAAUCGUGUCCGAGCUUUGGCAAGGAAAUUCUCGCCGACGAAAAGUCGGAAAUUUUAGAAGAGAAGGUCAAAGAAGUCUUGAAGGCAGCAGGUGGUGCUAAUUAUGGUACUGGCAAGUAGCCGGGAUUUUUGAAAAUGAACACUUGAAUCUGGAUAAAUUGUAUUCCUGUAUAAUAUUUUUGUAUUGGAUUUUGUUUAGAAAUAUGACUUAACAUAUCUGCACUUACUAACAAAAAAAUAAAUUAGAAUAAUUGGUCAAAUAUUCUUGGCAAUUUAAAUGAAACCGAUGUACGCGUUUUGUUUUGAAAUACAUGUAGUAUCUGCUCAAAAA